CACGUUUUCAAGAAAGUUUUUAAAUUUAGUAGCCGCAUUUUACUUAUUUUCCGUAGUAACCAGGCUCUUGCGCCGGUUCUAGUGUCCUGGGUUAUCUUCUGUUGGCAACCCUUUAGUUUAGCCCCCCACGAUGAGCGUGCUCUCGCAGAAUCGGAAGGUGUUUUGCGAUGCGAAAGUGGAGGAGUAUCUUCUGGGACUUGGUCAGAAAGGCAAAAUCUGCGUGGGUCUCCUUAUCGGACAACCUUCGCUACAGCAAACGGAUUAUAUCGUACACGCCAACGGGCUGAAGGAGCGGGACCCUGACUCGGAUACCGGAACACAGGAUCUAGCUGCCGCGGAUGAUGUAUCCGAACACGCACUCGUGGAAACCAGAAUGUUGCCGGGUGGAAUGUACGUCCUGGGGUUAUUCGUCGCCCAUCCGAAGAACAUCUUCGAAGACAACGCCCUGCUGCAGCGAGUGAAACGGAUGCUGUUGAGCAUGAAAGCGUCCUUCGACGCAAAUCCCCUUCUGAUGGGCUACUGCGAUGAGCUGACAAACGGCGGACGAAUCGUUCUUCACAUUCCAACGAAAGGUAACCAGUUGAAGAGCAAAAUGAUUUCAUUGGCAGCGGAAAACCCUACGGUUAGUCCGUGUGACUGGAAGCGUGCUGAUAAAACGACUAAAUGGCACCAAUUUAGUACGUAUUUCGACACGGACGACGUAUGUCCACUGCGAAGUAAAAGCGGAAAGGAACAGCAGUACGAAACGGAAGCGAAUCUGACCGAGUGUGCCAAGACGAUCACCGAACAGUUGGCGGAGGCGAAAGUACUGUUCAACAGUGAAUUGAUGCCGGCAAAAGAAAAUGUUCGACAAUUGUUUAAGGCUGGUAGCAAAGAAGGCAAAACGCAAGUCCGCAUUUACGUCCCAUCGCCAACUACUCUUUCCGACCAAGAAGCUACGAUAGAACAGUUGAGCGGAGCAUUGAAGUUCGAUGGAAUCGUUAGCUCUAAGGUGUACGUGCACGAUCAAUGCAGCUUUUAUGAGUUGGAGCGUUUCAUCAAGUCGGACAUCGUGCGAUCGCUUAUGGCACGCAUUCAAAUUCACUGUGAUUCCUUAGUACAGUUGGAUAGCGAUCCACAGGAUAAGAUAACACUGAACGAGUUACCACGCAAACUCUACUUCCCGAUACAACCCAAUGUGCCCGGUUAUCCACAGUUUACUGAGUAUCUGUUCCCGGACGAAGAGACUGAAACGGUCCUGGGACCGAUCCAAGCUAUGUUGGAUCUAGAGCUUGAUGCGGAACACAUCAAUUCGACGGUUGAAAUCGUACCGGCCGUGAAAGAGGAAGAACGCCACGAUGCUAAAGAGUGCGGUGGCGGAUCGGUGGCAGACGGAACCGAUGGCGAGGUGAAGCUUAAUAGUUCCACGGUGACGACAAUCGUGGGCGCUGUGGUAUUGCUGAUCGCUGUGGUAGCAUACUUUUUGUUGAAAUAAACUCAGUUGCUUUUGUCCUGGAAAGGACGUAUUGAUUA